CAGCGCGCGCGGCCGCAGGCUGGGAGCUGGCGCGAGGGCGGCGGCCGGGACCUUUUGCGCGAGCGGAGCAGCGGCGGAGACAGGGGCGAUGCUGAGGGUUCGGUGUCUGCGCGGCGGCAGCCGAGGCGCCGAGGCGGUGCACUACAUCGGCUCUCGGCUUGGAGGAUCUUUGAUAGGAUGGGUGCAGCGAACUUUCCAGAGCACCCAGGCAGCUACAGUCUCCUCCCAGAAUUCCUGUGCAGCUGAAGACAAGGCCACCGAUCCUCUGCCUAAGGAUUGCCCUGUCUCCUCUUACAACGAAUGGGACCCUUUAGAGGAAGUGAUAGUGGGCAGAGCAGAAAAUGCCUGUGUCCCACCAUUCACGGUGGAGGUGAAGGCCAAUACCUACGAAAAGUACUGGCCAUUUUACCAGAAAAAUGGAGGUCUUUAUUUUCCCAAAGAUCAUUUGAAGAAGGCUGUGGCUGAGGUUGAAGAAAUGUGCAAUAUCCUAACAAUGGAAGGAGUGACGGUGAGGCGGCCUGACCCCAUCGACUGGUCAGUGAGGUACAAGACUCCCGAUUUUGAGUCUACAGGUUUAUACAGCGCGAUGCCUCGGGACAUCCUGAUGGUUGUGGGAAAUGAGAUUAUAGAGGCCCCCAUGGCGUGGCGCUCACGCUUCUUUGAGUACCGAGCAUACAGGUCAAUUAUCAAAGACUACUUCCACCGCGGUGCCAAGUGGACAACAGCACCCAAGCCCACGAUGGCCGAUGCGCUCUACGACCAGAAUUACCCCAUCCACUCUGUGGAAGACAGACACAAACUGGCCGCUCAGGGGAAAUUUGUGACAACUGAGUUCGAGCCGUGCUUUGACGCCGCUGACUUCAUCCGAGCCGGAAGGGACAUUUUCGCCCAGAGAAGCCAGGUCACCAACUUCCUGGGCAUCGAGUGGAUGCGGAGGCACCUGGCUCCGGACUACAGAGUGCAUAUCAUCUCAUUUAAAGAUCCCAACCCGAUGCACAUUGAUGCCACCUUCAACAUCAUUGGGCCGGGCCUCGUGCUCUCCAACCCUGACCGACCAUGUCAUCAGAUUGACCUCUUCAAGAAAGCAGGAUGGACCAUAGUUACUCCUCCAACACCGGUCAUCCCAGAUGAUCACCCCCUCUGGAUGUCAUCCAAGUGGCUUUCCAUGAAUGUCUUAAUGCUAGAUCAGAAGCGUGUGAUGGUAGACGCCAACGAAGUCCCAAUCCAAAAGAUGUUCGAGAAGCUGGGCAUCAGUACCAUUAAGGUUAACAUCCGGAAUGCCAAUUCCCUGGGAGGAGGCUUCCACUGCUGGACCUGUGACGUCCGUCGCCGAGGCAGCCUUCAGUCGUACUUCGACUGAGCAGGCCUGGCUUGGGGCACAGCCUCACCCAUACCCAAGAAGCGCAGCAGCAAGGCCCGCUCUCUCUCGCUUUAGUCGACGCAUGAACUGUAGUGCUUUGAACAAUCAACCUCCUUCACAGGGCUCCCAAGCCCGGGUUACUUUUCGUUGACAUAAGGAAGAUAACUUUUGCUAGGUUUUACUUUCUUCUCCUACUAUUUGGCUUCAAGUAUAAAAGCUGAGUAAAUGUAUACCAAGGCAAAAAUUAGUCACUCAAGCAACUUGGCCGCUAAUAUUUAACCAUCUACCUCUUUUUAAUUUUCUUUCCGAAAGGCAGCUUGAAAUGUCAGUCCUAACCUUAUUUUUUUUUUUCCUCUUUGGUAGACUUGUGAAUGUUCAUAUCACUUCUUUUUUCCUAAAUGGGACAAAGACUUAGAAAAAAACAAAAACAAAAACACAGAUCCUAAGUGGAGUCAAAUAUUUGUCUUUUUUUUCUAAAAAAACAAAUUUGGGUAUUUUUUUAAAAUUAUUUUUUAAAUAACCUAGACUAUGCAAACACUGAAAAAAAACUGAAAUGACAUUUCCGUGAAUGCUUUUUAACAUUCUUGUGUCAAUAUUUGAUACUAAAAUAUCAUUCUGCAGCUUACCUCAUCUCAAGUGGGUUAUUCUUACCUUCUUCCUUCCUUCCAAAAAAAUGUAGAGCAGUGCUCAGUGUGAUAGGGUAGAGCUCGGAGUUCCCGUUCCUGAAUGUUGUUGUUCAAUAUCUAACAGGUAUAAUGGCAUCUUUGGUAAUCUAAGACUUGUUUACAUAUGCGCAAAUUAUUUAAAGCAUAGAGUUUUAAGGCUUUUUUUUUUUUAAAGAGACUAAUGCAGGUAAAAGAUACAUGUGACGUGAAAUAAUUUUAAUGUUGGAUAUUAUAUAUGUAUUUUUAUUCUAAUAAACUUUUGUGUUCCAAAUUGGA